CAGCGCCGCUCUCCGCCUCCUCUCACCUCGCUUCACCUCAGGAGCGGCCCGGGGUCUGCGCUCCAGCUCUCCAGGCACUACCCGCAUUAUAUGUGUGAUACCACGUGGUGAAGGUACAAGUGCAGGAAAUGUCACCUCAGGAGCUUGCCACACUGCUCUGUGAAGAAGGGGACCACCAUCUCGCGCAGCAGGAGCUACCAGUAGCCACUGCUUUCUACAUGGCUGCCUUUAGCUGCAGUGCCCCCACAGCAGUACAGAAGGUGAACUCCUUAGACAAAGGGCUCUGGGAGAAGGUGAUGACCACCCUGGAGAUGUGGUGCAAAGGCGAGAACCAGAUUCCCAAGAUCCAGAGCAAGAACUUGGCCGUUGUUUCCCUCAGUGUGGGAAUAGCUGCCAUCUUUCUCUCCACCCUAAGUCCUAACAAUGUGGUAUCCUCAGUAUAUAAACUGGAGAGCCUGCUCAGGCGAGGAUGCUCAGAGGAGGUGGUGAGUAAAUGCAAUGCCCUGCUCGAGGCUAACCCAAAGGAUUCAAUGGAACUGCUGCUGCUGAGGGCAUUGGCAUGGGUGCUGUCAGGGACACAAGUUGGGAAGGGAGUUGCAGACUAUAUCCAAGCCUUUGUGAUGCAUCGGGCUGAGGCAGUGGCCUAUGUGAGUAGCAGGCAAAAGGAACACCUCCCAGAGGUCAUCCAAGCCUUCUCCAAUUGUCUCUCAGCAUAUCAGAAAGAAAACGAAGAUGACAGUUCCUCAGACCAGUGGCUGGGCAACUGCUGUGACUUCCUCUCUGCAGUAGCACCAGAAGACAUUUGGGUUUGCAGGGUGCAGGCAGCUUACCUCCUUAAGAAACGCAGAUUUGAGGAGUGUGUGGCCAUUUGUAGCAAGGCCCUCCAGGGCUUCUCAGCUGACAAUAAUCUCAGAGAUGAGAAAGCCUUGGCUCUGCUCUUGCAACGGGCUGCUGCUUAUUUCUUCUUGGGCGGACAGAUGCAGGAAAUGAUGCAGGACUUAGCAGAAGCCUUUGCAGCAAACCCUGCCCAGGCAAUGAAACACUUCGAAGAGCUCUUCGCACCACACGACAGGGAAAGCAUAGAAGAACAGGCUAGGACUGUCCUGGAGCUGAAGUUUGCAGCAUACAGGGAGGCUGUGCGUACUCGGACUGAACUCAGAGGCAAUCAUGGUACUGAAUUGCUCCCUUCUGUCAUCCAGACAGUCCAGUUUCUUCUCCACAUCUCCCUAGGGUCCAAACGGGAGCUCAGUGUUCGGCUAGCAGACUGCCAUCUCCUGCAUGGACACAUCAGGACUGCCCUGGAUAUCUGUGACUACCUCUUGGCAGCAGAGCAGAAAACUUACUACAAUACUCUCUUAGCGUUGCGAGGAUUCUGCUCCCUCCAUACUCACAACCACCAGGAAGCCCUGCAGGACUUUCAAAAGGUCAUUGAGCAUGAUUCCCCACAUCCUAACAGCUGUAUUAAAGCCCUGUGUGGGCGUGGACUUCUCCGGAUUUCUGGUGGCAGCCAUUACUUGACAGCCCUGGACUACAUCACAGCUUGCCAGUUAAAGCUGGAAGAAACCAUCUUCACAAUCAAGUCCUAUGUGCCAUGGAACCAAAGAGGACUGCUGCUAAAAGUUCUCCAAGAAGAAGGACAGAAGAUGCUCCAGAAGAAGAGAGAUGCACCUGGGGUUUACCAUCUGGCUUCUCUGUUGGUGGAGCUGGACACCUCUGAUGAAGUGUCACGGAUCCUUCGCGCUGAUUCCCUGUACCAGAUGGGCCGUGUAGAAGAAGCUCACAAGCUCCUCUCACUAGCACUCUCAGAAAGUCCACAAAGUUCUCCCAUCCUGGCUCGGCUUGCACUUCUGCAGUUGAAGAAAGGUUUCAUGUAUGAUGGCAACCAGCUACUAAAGAAAGUGAUCAGAAUUGGAGACACCUCCUGCCUCCUGCCCAUCAUGGACAUUUUCAAAGAUGAAGACAGGAAACUGAUGAAAACUCACUGCCAUUGCAGAGCUCUGACCAUCUUGAAGGACAAACGGGAGGAUGCUGACAUCAAGGAGGCCAUCGCCUACCUUUCCUUUGCCAUCAUUGCUUCAGGUGGUUAUGCUGAAGAUUGUCUUCUCAUCAGGGCUCGAUGUUAUGGGCGCCUUGGUCAGAAAAAAACUGCUAUUUUUGAUUUUAAUGCCAUCCUAAAGGAGGACCCUAGGAAUGCACAGGCUCUGAGUGGACGAGGAUUCAUUCACCUUGCUCUGAAGCAGCAAAAGGAGGCAGUGCAAGAUUUGGUCUCAGCACUGAAGGUGGAGGCAGGAGUAGUGAUCCCAGCAAUUCUGUCUUUAAAGCAUGAAGCCAGAAGGUUGAUCACUCAGUGGCUUCUUCAGCAUGGCAGGAUGACUCUAACUGAGCUUGUUGCUACUAAAGACCUCUCAAAACGAGAACCCUUCAGAGAUCUUCUCAUGAUUGCAAAAGCACUAAUUAAAAUUUGCAAGGAUUCACAAUAUCACAUCUUCUACACAGAUGUUUUGAUCGCAAAUGGAAGGUAUGAAGAGGCCGUUAAUCACCUUCGGGAGGCGUUUGGCCACUCUCUUGCUGAUGACUUUGCUAGUGCAAGACUGGCUGUGCUGCAGCUGAAGAGGAGGAAUGUGCCAGUGGCAGCUCGCUCAUUCAGCAACCUGGCUAAGAGAGAUGAAAGGGAGUUGGGGUUUCUCCUGAACUUCAUAGACGCUAAGCAACAGCAGCAUCUCUCUCAGAUCGCAGCCCAAGAAGGAAAUGUGCUGAUGAAAGAACACCACUAUGAGAAGGCUCUUGGUUAUUACACUCUGGCCAUCUUAACCGGCAAAGAUAAUCCAAAGUAUCUCCGACGGAGGGCCACUUGCCUUACGCACUUGAAAAAAUAUGACAAAGCUCUAGAAGAUAUGGAGAAAGUGAUCCAGAAUCAUGGCCACAACAGCCUUAAGACACGUGUUGAGGACCACUGCUCAAAAGGACGCCUGCUAUUGGCAGUGGCGGAGGAAGCAGCAGCCGUUAAGCAGUAUAUUGAGGCACUGCAGUUAGACGAAUCCAUGGCAUUGUUCAGCAUCAUGAACGGCCCUGGCAGUGAAAUUGUAACCAGAACAUUUCAUAAGGUUGCACAAUAUAACUUUGAAAUGCAGCAUUAUGAAGAGGCCUGGAAAAUCACAGACUAUGGCCUUAAAAUUGAUAAAAACAGUGAACUUAAAAAGCUGAAAACGAGACUUAAGCGAGAAUCAUCAAGCUGUAGCAUACAUUAAUUCAUCUCUUUGAGGAUUUUCCAGUGUCUGAUCGCUUUCUAGUUCACUUGUGAGGCUACAAGAGUAAGGGAAAGAUGAGAAGCUCAUGGUAAAUAAGCAGUGGUCAUGGUACUGAGUGUGGUACAGCAAGAUUGGGAGGAGGAAGAGGUUUCAGAUAGUGAAACAAAACUGACCAAGAUAGCUAUGAGAAAAAGGCAAAUUGCAGUAUUCAGGAUUCUUUAAAAUGAUUGUAUGAAAACUCCUUGUGAAGAAAGUGUUUUUUCUGGCUGAGCUAAACUAAUUCUAACCCAUCGGUUCCAGUCAUAGUAAAGGAAGACAUUCAAAGAGCUUGCAGUUUAUGAAUAAUAACCAUGUACUUCCUUGCUAUUUAUUUGAUUUGCUUUAACACCCUACUGUUAAGUAGCCUUAUUUUUAUGGGCCAGUCGAAAAGAUCAGUCAGAAGUAACAUUUAUAACGUGGUUUAUAUUUGUGAAGGAUCACAUGUGUUACGCUGCCCCGAUGACCCAUUUGUGAAUGGAAGGAGCUGCCCUUGUCUCAGUCCAGUGGAUUUGCAGUGGUCAGAACUAACACAGGGCAGCAGAAGCAGCACCAAUGCCAAGUAAUCUGGUUUUCUGUCCCAGGGAAGAUAGAUAACAUAAAGGAUGAGACUCAACAGAUAUAAAACGUCUACUCUACUGACUGAUAUCUGUUAUCUUUGACACACAGGCAGCUAUGCCUUCAUAGACAUGCACUUGGAGAUCCUUGUGUCUCAGCCUGCCAGGGCUGGAGAUAAUCUCUCAGUAGGAGUGCCUGCAAGUGCCUGCUAAAUAUCAUUUUUCACCCUCCUGGGUAUUUUUGCACAAAGACAGCACUGGAGCAUGGACAAAUAGAGAAUUGAUCCCACUAGUAGGGAGAUCAGGGCUGGAGGCAAUAGCCAAGGUGGGAAUGUGUUUGCUCUGCAGUGAUUCAGCACUCGUUUUUCAUCAUCCAUGCAUGGGAAUCAACGUCUCAAAUGCUCCAAAGGGUUGUGCCUGCUGGCAUGUAAGCAGCUUCCCCAUCUGUAAGGGCAGCUCGACCUGGAGGCAGCACAGAGACAGUGCCUAUAUACCCGAUUUCUGUGUGAUUUGGUGUUUCCUCCAUACAGUGGGAGUCUGUAGCACAAUUUGAAGCUUAUACCUGUGCUGUGCAAAAAGGAAACCUGAGCUGGGGCCCAAAACAACAGAAUUGUGUAUUUGUUUUGACUGCUCCAAGUGAAAUUGUCCCAGUGUUUUUGGAGGGUGAUAAUACAACCAUGGAGAAAAAUAGAAACUACUAUUGAAAACAAAGAUGAAAGCAACACUGAGAACUGCUCUCCUGCUUUGAUUAGGAUGAAAGGGAAAUGUAACAUUUUCUCUUUUGUUACUUUGUUUUCUGAAAGGCAACAUUCCAGAGUGAAACCUCAUCCUACCCUGCAAUCAACCCACUAUCAAUGAUACCACUUGUACCCUCGCAUCUUUUUUUCAUCUCUGCAUGCUCCUUUUUUCCUUCCCUAAGAGCACAGGUAAGAGUGGGCUCCUUUCCUUUCACAUUCCAGAAAAGUUACUCUGAUUGCAACCUAGUGAUACUGAUGAGUACCUUUUGCUCCUAAAUUGGCAUCAAGAUGCUACAGGAUAGUUCCUUUCCAAGCAUGCAAUUAUAUACUUAACUCUUGGCUACAUUUGCAAGCUGAAAGAAAUCACUGUGCUGAUUUUUCUUGAAAUAGUAAUCAACAGAUAGGAAUUUGUCUGUCUCAUGCUGAUAUUUUUGAGAAGCAGUUAUUUAGGGCUUCCAAACUUUAGGUUUUGCUUGAUUUUGCUUUAGUUUUGGAUUGGCUGAAUAAUAAAUCUCUCUAUAGCUUCACAUUGCUCUUCUGUUAGCAUCGCCUCCUUUAGUCGUAGGUCUGGUUCAGUGUCAGUCAGACAAUAGUUUCUCUUUAGCAGUUUGAUCUUUCUGUGGCUUUUAGAAUAGAACAGUUUUGUUUGGAAGAUACCUGCAGCGAUCAUCCAGUCCAACUGCCUGACCACUUCAGGGCCGACAAGAAGUUAGAGCAUAUUAUUACGGGCAUUGUCUUAAUGCCUCUUAAACACUGCCAGGCUUGGGGCAUCAACCACCUCUACGAAGCCUCUUCCAAUGUUCAGCCACCCUUUCAGUAAAGACCCUUUCCUAUUAUCUAGUCUGAGAUGUUUGUGUAAUGCAUUUGCACUGUACAGACAACUGAGACAAGGGAUUGUCUCCUUUGCCACAAUUAAUAUUGCUGGAAAUAUUAUAAGCACGGCUAUCUGGACACGCAAAGAACAGGCACACAGACACUCAGCUGCAUUCAAGUCGAGUAACUUCAUUACAGAGACACCAUGAAUCUGGUUCUCCUCCCACUCAUCCAUGCUGAGAGACAGCAAUAUCAUCAGUACAAGAACUGUAUGGAGAAAGAAUUAGGGUUUCAAUCAAAAAGAUUAGAAACCAGUCCAUAUAGCCUGGAUUGGUGGUCUCUCUGCCGAGAGCAGCACUACCAACUUUCUGAGCUUUACUAUGUAAUUUCUAGUGAACUGAGAUUUUCUGAAAGGCCUAAGUCUUUCUGUUAUAUGAAAACAGCUUACUGAGCUUUUCUCACCCCACCUGAGAGUCAUGGGAAGUACUGGGAAGACCUGGUUGUCCUGUCUACCCAGGCUAAUGUUCCAUCCAUUGGCCUGGGCUGCUUUGAAGAAGUUUGAGAGGGUUUGACAGAUUUUGUUUUCUUAAGUAACAGAUUCUCCUUUGCUGCUCUGAACAGAGUGCCAUUUACUGCCCCUAAAGAACUUUUUCUUUAAAUUAGGGGCCACCUGCAUCCCUGCAAGAUUGCUACAGUGUUAUGCCAAGAAAAAAAUUUGGGUUUAAGUUCCCAGAACUGCUGUUCAUUUAAGCACCAGGAAGGCACAAAACUUCUUAUCUAUUCCUCACAGUCUAGAUUAAUGGCUGCUUCUCUCAGUAGGUCCUAGCUGUUCUCAUCAGAAUUUUUAUUUAUCUUCUCUGUCCUCUUUCUGUGCCCACUAAACUGCUGUGAUUAACGGCCUUAUCUUUGCCUGUGCCUAAGCUUCUGAUUUGUUCUAUAUUUUUCUGUUAUGUGCUUGCUCUUCCAGCUAAUCUUUUAGACUAUCAGACUGAUCUUUCUGAUUAGCCACAGUGAGUGGGGUUUAAUUAGCAGCAUUGCUGCAUUAUGCAUGCCUAGGACAAUUUCACACUCACCACAACCCAUUCUGACACUCAUUUCCUGGAGUCCUGGGUAGCAGACAGGAUUAAACGUGACCCAUCUAUUUCAACUACAGCCCAGCCUAAGCACCCAACAGCCAAAAGCGCCCCUCUGCCUGCACAUUCACAUACCUCCACUGCUCUGCUAUACUGUGCUUGACCAGAAGAGAGUAUCUGUCACAAAAAAAAACCCGUGCAGCAACGUACAAGGAAGGAGGCCUUUCUGAGUACCCAGCAUUUUUAGUAGAUAGUCACCAUCACUGGCUUUGGUUAUAACUCAGCCUCAUUGGGAUCGUUAAUUUGGUGCUAACGAUGCCACAAAGAUCACUUAAGAUGCCUUAACAAGAUCACUGCACUUGAGUCUGGCUAUAGCCAGACUGUUGCUAUGUUAGACAGGCUAUCGCAACAAGCAGCAGAGAAGGCAUUGUUCUCCCUAGGGAGCCAGCUUUCCUGCUUCCCUUUCAGCCCAGUCUCCCUCACCAGCAGUAGUUAUGCACAAGAGAUCUAUCAGGAUUUAUCAACAAACAUCUCCCUCCCCUCCCUGCUGAUAAAUCUCAUCUGUUGCUAUACCCGUGUCAGGACCACUCUGCUGAAUCACCUACUUCAUUACAUACAUGCCAUUUUCCAACAGGAUAUUGUUUCCACUUCUUCCAGAUUGAAGAAUCUGCAUAGAAAAGCUGCCGUGGUCUUUUCUGUACGUCUCUUUAAUGUUAAGGUGCAGUUCAUCAAGAUUGUGGAGCUCUUUCCAGCUGCUUUGAGAUGCAUCCCUCAUUCUGCGCAUGCAGCUAAUAGCGGAAGUUAUUUAGAAAAAGAACUGUAUUGUAACACUUGCUCCUUGAAAGUCUCAUAUGCAAAGUGCUUUAGGACAUAUUUUCAUGGCACGCUUCUGUAAAUGUUAGAGAACUGUGAAGUAUUCAUGUGUAUUUAUAUUAAUCAAGAAGAGAGCAUGGCCCGAUAACCUAUGUAAAUAGUGGAACUGGACACCCAUUUAUUUGUAAACCAGCUUGAAGCUACAUUCAUCCAAAGGAAAGAUUAAAUACCUGUAGUUUAUUCAACUCUGAGCUGUAUACAGAUACUACCAAAUAUUUCUGUGCUCCCUAUGAAUUUUUGCUUUAUGAGGUAUCUAACAUUCUUACGAGAACAUAAAAGGACAAUCAGGUGUGAGAAUAUUUGCAUCACAAAUCCAGUUACACAAUUAAAGUUUCCUGACCUAUGCUCUGCAGUCCAGCAGGCAAAGAACAGCUUGGAAAUGAUGGCAAAUUGUUUGAAGUUAAAUAUUCAACUGGAAGCUUUUCCUCAGAGUUCAGGCACAGCUAAACUUAUAGCUUUUGUGAUCUCAAAAAGUUUUAUUCCCUUUAAAACCAUAUCGCUCCCAUUUAUUUUUCCUAGUUCUGUGCUCCCAGGUACUAAGAGAAUCUAAACACAUCAGCCAAGUUCAGCAACAGAUCAAAUGCAUUUUUUAAGCUGACACAUUGCCUGGAAAGUCAGCUUCCCAGAUUUAGAUCAUGGUGGAAAUUUGGCUCUGGUUUACAGCCAUGCAAACCCAGUAACUUUAACGAGCUCCUGUAUGCAUAAGUGAGGCCAUUCCACUUGACUUGCAGAGGCAGAUGUUUCACCUUAAUGACAGCUAAUCUAAAAGCCAUUUCUUUUACUGUCAUUUCCCUAGGGAAGAUUAACUGUGUUGUCAUUGUACUGCUUCUGCAUCAAGAGAUUUCCAGUUUGCGGGGGCUCUGAGGAGUUGCUGUCAUCAUUAAUUUAAAGUGUUACAUGAAAUUAUCUCUGGGAUUACAGUCUGCCUUUGGAGUCGUAGCCAUUUCAAUUGCAUUUCAACUAAACUGGUCUCUGUUGGUUGUGAGCCAUUACUCAAUAACACCUUAAGGAAAGUCACUCCUUACUUAGAAGGCACAACACUCCAAAGCUGUGAUUCAGAAAGCUCUUCCUCCUGUGCCUGCGUUGCUUCCAGGAAUGUUCUAUAGGAUGGCAAAGAAUACUGUAAACCUGUCCCACAUACCUGUACAACUCUGAUCCCCGCACAGGACCAGUGAUUUAUUUGGUCACAGAAGUUCUCAGAGGGCAGGCGACAAAUAGAGGAUGAUGUUGCUGUCUGUAGCAUUCAGCAGCUGGGAAUGUAUGAGGGCAGGUGGGGGACAAAUUAACAUCAGACCAUCCCAUGGUCUCCCAAUUAACCAUCCCAAAGAUAUGUCAGCAGAAAGGAAGACAAUCAUGAUCACAGUGAUGUUAAUUUCAGUUUCUCACCAAUGGAAAACACUACAGUUGCACAAAUGAAAACACAGAACUUCUAUUCAGGUCACCUGUCUUUGCCCAGUCCUGGCCUUCCCCUUUGUCAUAGCCCAGUGCCACUGACCCUGAGGGCUCCACACCUCAAUAGAGAUUUAUGACUUGCACACCUAAGACCCAUGCAACUAUUUAAUUUUAAAUUAAUUUAAUUUCCAGAGUUUAUUUUGGGCACACAAUGAAUGGCCAAAACCUGCCUGAGACUCUGACAACUCUGCUUUGUGUUCCCGAGGACCACUGGUUCUAUAUGCCAUGCAAGACUGAGCUUAACCUGGGUGAUCAGCCCUGGAUUCAGGUGUCUUUGGUGAGACCCUAUCAUUUUUGUGUUUGGGAAUCCUGUAGACAGGAUUCCAAAAAGCCAAGAAUUACAGAGAAUAUAGUAGCAUAAGGAUGUCCCCAUAGACUGUAAAGAAUAUUAACAACAGUAUCUGAUAACAAUUUUGCACAUUUCAUUCCUGCACUGUGUCACAGUAAAUGAGAAAAUUUAGCUGUAAAGCCAGAGAGGGAACAUAGAAGGGAGCAGGAAAUGCAGGAGGAUGUUAAUGAUUCCAUUCUAAUACUGGUUUGCAUUUGGCUAUGCCCCUUGGUUGUGCUUUCAUCUCCAGGUCGGCACUGCACACAGGCCUAAUGCAACCUAGCAAAUACAAUUCCUGGGUGUCACAUGGCUCAAUGUACAGGGACCUGAACUCACAGGGGAGCCACGGUUUUGGAUCCAGUUCAGUAGCGGAUAAAAUGAAAGACUGACAGGGAUUAUUAUUUUCUCGCUUAAAAUGACCAUCUCAUGGAGCAUCUUGAUUGCUUGGAAACCUCAGACAUCGUUAUCAAACUCAAUAUGUUCUCCAAAAGUCACAUUAAAUUCUUACAAUAUUACAAACAUCCCUGCGUGCUGCCUACAGCAUAGGGCUUGUUCUUUAUAGAGUUUUAACAACAGAAACAUUCAUACCUUGCCAUUGUCUUUCUUUGCCACCUUGCCACCAGUAUUUUUGCAAUAUCUUUUCUUUACUUCUCGUGCAUCAUUUGUCCAUUCUUGGACAUUCUCAGUAAAAUCUACUGACCGGAGAAAACAGGUAAUUAGCCAUCUACAUAAAUUGCCUGUGACUGCAUCAUUAAUGUGUUUGGAUGUUUUAAUUGAUUGCAUUCUCAACUGUUUUGGAUGGCUUAAAUGCCAGCUAAUUCAAUCCAAUUAAGCCUCCUAAUAAACCUGACUGAUGAACUGCAAUAUAAUCACACAUCAAGUAGAGAUGUAGAGGGAAAUGCCACAGAACUGACAGUUCAGAAUCGAUGGUGUCAUUUUGAAAGACCCAAAUCAUUUCUCAACAGGAUAACUUCUAAUUGACUAUAACCAGUGGCAGAUUUGGUAUCCAAGACCCAAUCCAACACAACUUCCAAGCACACGCUUGAGCCAAUUCCUAUCCACAAAACAUUUUUCACAGAAACGUA